AUGAACUUCCAUGCACCGGUCUUGUUCAGGACAAUCGGUCUCAAGGAGAGCGCAUCCCUCUUGUCCUCGGUGGUGACACGCCUAUGUGCAACAUUUGCCAACAUCAUAGCGAUGAUGGUGGUUGACAGGUUUGGGCGCAGGAAGCUCUUCCUUGUAGGCGGUGCGCAGAUGAUACUUUCGCAGUUUACUGUUAGCGCAAUCCUGGCUGCAAAGUUCAAGGACUACGAGGAAAUGGAUGAUGGGUAUCCAUACCUAGUGCUGAUCACAAUGUGUGUGUUCGUUGCAGGCUUUGCAUGGUCACGGGGCCCUCUUACUUUUUUGGUCCCUGCUGAGGUUUGUCCACUGGAGAUCAGGUCCGCAGGGCAGAGCAUUGUAGUCGCUGUGGUUUUCUUGAUGACAUCUGUGAUUGGCCAGACGUUUUUUGAGGUCCUUUGUCGCAUCAAGUCGGCGACGUUCUUCGUCUUCGGUGGACGGGUCUGCUUGGUGACAUUGUUUGUUUAUCUUUUCCUGCCUGAGACAAAGAAGCUGCCCAUGGAGCAGAUGGAGCAGGUCUGGAAGAGGCACUGGUUCUGGAAGAAGGUUGUAGGGGAGGAAGAGGAUAAGAAAGAAGCAGGAGCAGGAAAGAUAGCUUUGUCGGGCUUGUAG